AUGGCAGAACGUAAGGAGGCAAGUUGGCAACUAUUUAGUGAGGAGCUAAAGCAUGCGCUGACAACUCUGACUCAGCCGCUGCUCCCAGGCUAUGUAGACGAAGCGAACCGCACUGAUAACAAUGGGCUUCAAACUGUGGUGAAUGAGGUGAUCGAUUGGGUCACAGAACACCCACCUAAAGAGAAAGAGAUCCCCAAAGCUUUAGCACGCUUGGCUUGUGUGAUGUCUGUCCAAAUUAAGAGACAAGACGAAGCCAUGGGAAGGGCCCAAGAACAGAUACGGGCACAAAUGAAGGAAAUUGAUGAUCUCAAAAAGGAGCUGGGAGGCACUGAAAGGGCUCUACAGCAAGCUCGAGACAGUUUGGAUGAGAUGCAAGCAGAGCCUCCAUCCCAACAUGAUCAAAACCCUUCCUUAGUAACCCAAAUCUCAGAGUUGCAUGACACCAUUGAGGAAAAGGAAGCUCAGCUUUCGGACGCUAGGUCCACCAUUCAUGAACAAUUACAGGAGUUGUCAAGAAUGAAAAGCAACCUAGAUCAGUCCUCAACUGAUGCAAGGGACUGGAAGGCCCAGUUUGAAAGUAAAAGGGUGGCCCUCGAAGCAGAAGAGAGACAUUCUGCUAAUCUAAAGCAAAUACUCCUCGAGACUCAGAGGAAGUUUAGUCUGGGUCAACCACAGCAAGAUCAGAGCGGGCGAAGCUCGCCAAGCAGUCAACAGACGCUUCCAUUCCCUACCUUCCGACCGAGUCGUGUCCCCAGAGGACAUUCAGGUCGAUCAAGUCCGGAUGACACCGGACGGAACUCGGGUCAUACUUUGUCGCCCCUUCCCCAACCAAUACCUUCCGGGUAUCGUUCCCUGAGUUACCAACCUCAGUCCACGCCUGCUGCUCGUCAAGCGGCAUAUCCCACAGACAGGGAUCUGGACAAGAUGGCUCGUAACAUCACACGAUUUGAACCCGGUCGAAAAGGUUCAGAAGACCCAAGCACCUACUUGAAAGACAUCGACUUCUACUUGAGGAAGUUUCCAGGUGCUCUUGUGGAUGACAAAAUCUACUUGAUCAAAGCUACCUCCAAUCGAGAGGUUAGCAGCUUCAUUGAACGACAACCGCGUCGGGUCAAGAAUGACUAUGACCUGCUGUGUCAGGCAUUAAUUGACGAGUUUUCUGACUCCCUUACACCCACUGGUUUAGCUGCUGCACUGUUAGUCAAACAGGAGAGACAGGAAUCUCCCCAGUUGUACUACGGUCGCCUUCGCCAGGCUUACUUUGGUUGUCAAAAUGAACCUGAAAUGGAGGAAGAUCUAAACUUUAAGACUUUGUUUGUUCAAAACCUCCAUCCGACCACGAGUCAUCAUCUUGGUGUUGCUGCUUGUCCCCGAACCUUAAACAGCAGACAGCUCCGCGAACUGGCUGUAAAAGGCUUCGCUAAACAGCGACACACCCAAUCCAAGAAAGCCGAACCUGGUACUGUCUUGGCUGUGGACACAAGGUCCAUGCCCCUAGAUCUGGAGGGUGGUGCCGUGGGUGCGCAUUCAGAUGCACCUCAAACUGCAACAGCCCGACCAACCCAGAAUCUGAAAACUUCCCGAUAUCAGCCAGCUGAUAAAGGUCAAAACCUGAAGCAGCCUCGGUCUGACAGUGAACAACACCAGGUCAGAUUUGACGAAGAUCGUCCACCCUCGUACUCUCGCAGGGAUGGGGCUCACCCUAGAAGGGAUGACACCCAUCGGCCCUACCGACCUGAUAACAGGGGGUGGAGAGACCGGUCAGAUCGUUAUGGCCCACGCCGAGAACGAAACUCAGAGCGACCUUACCCGCAGUCUCAAUCAGCAUUUUCUGACGAAGAGAUGGGUACAAAGGCCAAAUCAGACCCUCCCCAGAAGGGUAGUGGAUCUAAAGGCGGAGCUAAGGGUGAAUCAAAGUCCUCUGAUCUGACAGAGGAAGAACGUAAACUCCUUAGACAAAUAAUCCGUAGAAUACAGAGAAAAGGAGAUAAGAAAGCAGAUCUCUUCUCUGUCGCUGUCGCCGCCGUCCAGGAUGACACUUCUGAGCCAAACAUGAUGCCUGUCCAGCAAACUGAAUUUCAGGAGGACGUGUGUAUGUCCUUACAGGAGUCGGUGACACCCUCACCAGCUGACACUCCUGCCGAUCUUGAACCUCAGGACAACACAUCACAAGAAACGACAUCUACCAGCGCCGUCUUGGUAGUACAGGCGAACUCCGCAGAGGAGCCAGCCGAAGAAGACUCCUCACUUAUUCGGCUUGAACCACCUUUCCUCCAAUUCUUGUGCAACCUCACUGAGAAAGGCAUCGCACAGAAGUUUUACGUUAAUACCGUCCUUGAAAAUGAACUUCAACACGAAGCACUCCUGGACACUGCUGCUGACAUCACUCUGAUGUCCUCCACGCUCUUUAAUCGCUUGCGCAAUAUGGUGCAGCAGUCCAACAGGGACAUCAAGCUGCAGCCCUGCGCCAUGGAGAUUCGGCCGUACUCUACAGACAGUACGACUUUAAAUACAAUGACGAUGUUGAACAUCUCCAUUGGACCAAUGAAAAUCAUGCACCCCGUGUAUGUGUCGCCCCUUGAGUCGAUUCCUUUCCUCAUCGGUCAAGACCUUUUAAAACGGUUUGAGCCCCUGAUCGACUAUCGACAGCUGAAAAUAUGGGCACAGGUCCGCAGACCAUUACCCAUACCAGCAACCGACAAGAAUCGGGCUCAGUGUUACGCCUUGACGCGUGAACUUGCUACAAGCACACCGACAAGUGUAAGCUCACCGGAACAACCCUACUUGACUGACGACGAGCCACAACCCUGCUCGUGGCCUUUCGAUGACUCAGUCAUAAAAAGGGACACAUUUUUGUGCAAAUUCGAUGACACCAAUGGACCCGACACACCCGGGCCAUUGAUCACUGAAGGCAUCAACUUGAAUGAGAAUCACGUCAACGAUGUGAAUUUUGGCUCUUUGGGCUGACAGAUCAGCCAUCAGCCGUGAACUGUACGACGCCUUGUCUAGGGAUGACCCGAACCUCCAGUGUGUUCGGAAAGCAUUUCGCUUCCCCUUGGACUCCCUUCCUAAAGCUACCAUGACUGCUGAAGGCGUCUGUGCCUUAACUGUGCGAUGGAACAAAAGGGAGAUGACUCACCACUUCUUGGUCAUCCCAGACCUACCAUAUCAGGUCUACAUGGGAAGUGAUAUACUGGUCAGGUUGGCAGUCCAGGUCGAUACCAUUAACAACAUACUGUGGUCCCUUACCAGUGUUAAUGAGGAAACCCUGACCCCUGAUGUCGACAACAUCAUAUCAGGACAGUCGAUCCCUGAAGCCUGUCAGGUAGCCAAUGAACUUGACAUUGUCAUACCUGCAAUGACCACAAACGUUCCCAUUCGCUUGAACCUACAACGUGGACAAAAGCUGUCGCACACUCAAGCUUUCUUCCAGCCGUCGUUGCUCUUUCUUAAACUAGGGCUGUCUACUCAGGCAACUCCUCUUCUUGAGCUUCACUCGAGAUUCACACACUUGCUUGUACAAAACACGACACCCGAAGAUAUCCUGAUCCCUAAAUCCACCCCGCUGGGUUGGUUGAUCAGCACGUCGUUCCACGACUUUGAAUUGAGGAUUCCUGUAAUAGGAAAAAUGCCCCGUUCUCUGAUGUCAGACCAUUCGCCGGAACAGGUCUUUCAUACCCUACCUUCCAGGGCUAUCUCGCUCUUCCCAACUGUACCGCUGGACCACGACACCAUCUGUCAGGUCGACCUCUCUGAGGACUCACAGAUGAUCCUGCACACAGUGCAAGUCCUAAGCGUCAGUUCGGAGCCAGAAUCGGCCCAUACACUUUCCGGGGUAGAACCCUCUAUCUUCCCAACCGGGCAAACACCUGAGCACGAUCCAGACUUUGAUGCCAAAGUCGAACAGCUCGUAGCUGAGGCAGACGCCCUGAACGGCGAAGAGGAGCGUGAAAAGCUUCGCAAACUUCUGCACAGAUAUCGAGCCUCUUUCGCAAAAGACUCGCUUGACUGUGGCUUAACCUCUAUCCACUCUAUCCGCAUUCCGACACCACCGGAUGCACCACCAACUUUUGUACGCCAGUACAAAAUUCCCUUAGCGUCCUAUGAACCUAUUCAGGAAAUCAUAGACGAUCUUUUGGCGAAAGGGAUCAUUCGGCCAUGUAACAGUACCUACUCAGCCCCACUCUGGCCGGUACUGAAACCAAACGGUAAAUGGCGACUGACCAUCGAUUACCGAAAGCUGAACCAACAAGUUCCCCUUUCCAGGUGGCCUAUGGCUCAGCUCCAACAGGAUCUGCCAAAGAUCACUGACGCGAGAUACUUCUCCACUCUUGACGUGGCAUCAGGGUUCUGGACGAUACCAGUACAGGAAGCUGACCAGCACAAACUGGCGUUCACUUUUGCCAACAGGCAGUACACCUUCACCCGAUGCCCUUUCGGCUAUGCCAACUCGCCAGCAGAGUUCAACAUCUUUCUGAACAAAGCCUGCCCAGAUGCUAGUGAGAGAGGCACCCUCAUAUAUGUCGAUGACAUCUUAAUGAGGAACCAAACCCUGGACAUGCAUCUCGCUGAGAUUGACCAUGUCCUGAACCAGCUCACGAACGCCGGGGCAAAGAUAUCUCUGUCGAAAUGUCAGUGGUGCAGGACCAAGGUGAACUACGUCGGUUUGCUGGUUGGUCCAACAGGUGUCGAACCACAGCUGAGUCGAAUUCAAGGCCUGUCAAACCUUAAAGCUCCCACGAACGUCUCAGAGCUUCGCAGCUUUUUGGGAGUAUGCAACUACUCCCGACAGUUCAUUGAGGACUAUGCAGACUUAGCAAAACCCCUCACCAACUUACUGAAAAAGGACGUCCCAUUCAUUUGGGGACCGUCCCAACAACACGCCAUGCAAGCUUUAAAAGACAAACUCUGUGCAGCUCCUUGUCUUGCCUACCCAGACUGCAACAGACCGUUCUAUCUGGAGGUCGGUUUCUCUUGUCACUGCCUUAGUGCAGGAUUAUACCAGAUCCAUGACUCGGAUAAACGAGUUGUCGCGUAUGCUAGCAAAACCUUGUUGGCUCCUGAACUAAAGUUCUCCGACUGCGAAAAGGCGCUUCUCGCCACUGUGUGGGCUGUGAAGCAUUUUUCGAAUUAUCUUGGAGGCCAAAAGGUGAUUGUGGAAACCAAUCAUCAACCAGUGACCUUCCUUAACAGCCAAAGAAUCAGAGACGGCGUUGUAACCAACGCUCGUGUAGCAUCUUGGCUUAUGGCUCUUCAGAGCUUUGACAUCGAGGUCCACUACGCCCAAAAUCGCAAAACACCUCUCGGGAUGGAACUCGCAGCGUGCCAAAGCUGCUUGACAGACAGCGCGGACACAGGGUCCCCAACCUGCGACCCCGAGCCACCUGAAUUAUCUUGCCACCGGUACUUCGACGACAAUGUCUGCAAAGACAUGAUUACAGCUUACGUUGAUGGUUGUUCAUACCAUCACGACACUGUUCUUAGAGCAGGCGUGGGUGUUGUCUGGGUCAACGAUGAACCGUGUGAACCACUCAGCUUCAACCUAGGGGCCCAAACGUCCCAGUAUGCUGAAGUGGCAGGCAUUCUGAUUGUUUUGCAACUUGCGGUGGAACACAAAAUCCACGCCUUAACGAUUUGUACAGAUUCCAACUAUGCGCGACUCAGCUUUUCAUGUCAUCUGCCUUUGUGGAAACGCAACGGUUUCUUGACCUCGAACAGAAAGCCGGUCAAACACAAAGAUCUGUUCCUGGCGUGCGACUUCUUGACCUCUAACCAUGAUCUCCAGAUCUAUUGGAAGAAAGUCAGGGGGCACUCUCGUAUCCCUGGUCCAGACAAGAUGUUUAAUGACCAGGCUGACUCCUUGGCCAAGCAGGGGGCCUUAACUGGCUCAAACUGGCACUUUGAGCCCUCUGUUUUUCCCCUCCCACCCGUGCCCCUGGUUUGUGCUGUCACCAGAGCCCAGUCUCGAGCUCCACCUCGCCCGGCUCCCUCGGGCCCGGUCUCCGCCACUGUGGCUCCGGCUUUUUCUGACUCUGACUUGCUGGUGCUCCAAGCUUUGGACCCAGCCAUUGCUGCCAUGACGCAGUUCCUUUCAGGGCCUCCUGACUCCUCCAUGCCUCCUGACUUGCUUGCCUCCAUCCCUGGCCUGCGCCAUCUUUUCCGCGUGCGCUCUUCACUGCGGCUCGUCAAGGGCCUUCUGGUUUAUGUCUCCGAAGCACUCACUUCGCCUGCCCUCGUGGUGCCUCGCAGCCACAGGGGGGUAAUGUUGACAUACGCCCAUGACACACCGUGCGCAGGACACAGAGGAAACAAAGCCACGCUCCAUGCUCUCCAACAGGUGGCCUAUUGGCCACACAUGCAGAAAGAUGUAGCUGAUUACAUAAAAGGGUGCCUGGUUUGCUGCCAGUUUCAACCGGCAAACCCACUUCAUCGAGCACCCCUACAGCGCAGAGGUAUCUCCUUUCCUUGGUCAGACCUCCAGAUCGAUUGGGUGGGUCCUCUCACUAAGUCAGCAAGAGGAAACAAAUACUUCCUCACAGUUGUCUGUGCAUUCACCAAAUGGGUAGAAUGCCUACCAGCCCCAAACGAUACGGCUCAAACCACAGCAUACCUCUUGAUGAACCACAUCUUCUCGCGGUUCGGACUCCCAACUCGUGUCGACUCUGACAGAGGGACACAUUUCACCUCAGAGGUAAUGCAACAACUGUGGCAACUGUUGGGCGUCAAAGCCAACUUUCACAUCAGCCACCACCCCCAGUCGUCUGGACAGGUAGAACGGGCAAACCGAACAGUGGUAACCAUACUGAAAAAGUAUGUGUUAGCCAACCACAAGGACUGGGAUGUUAAGCUUCCCUUGGUCCUGAUGGCCAUCAGAGCGACUCCACAUGGGUCAACCGGGUUCUCACCCUUCGAGUUGAUGACGGGCAGACAGAUGACCCUACCUCUGCACCUGCUGUAUCAGCCAGGUGAGGCCAGUAUAGCAACGGCCUACACGACCCAUCAGUAUAUGACUGACUUACACCAGCACCUGAAGGCAACGUUUGCCUUCACCCAAGAGCAUCUCAGCAAAAGUGCUGAAGGACGCAAGUCCUAUUAUGACCAAAAAGCCUCCCAACAGGAACUCCAAGUAGGUGACAAGGUAUGGUACUACCUGUUCACCCAGCCCAUUGGAGAUAAAGCCCCAAAGUCUGGGAGACUGGCACGAAAGUUCCUGCCCCGCUGGGCAGGCCCGUACCUGAUCACUGAAAAGCUCUCUUCUGUUGUGUACCAAAUUAAGAUCGCAAAGGGCAACAAAGAGCCGACCCUUAAAUGGGUCCACCGCAACCAGAUUAAACUUCACCACAACCCCAUGGGACUUGUCGGGGCCUCCAGCGCCACCCUUGAGUCAUAA